AUGGACGGGCUGCGAGCCAAAAUGUCGGCUCUCACGCCGUUCGCAAAGAAGCACAAGGUCACCGUCAUCGGUUCCGGCAACUGGGGCUCCACGAUUGGCAAGAUGGUCGCUGAAAAUACCGCCGAACAUCCUGAGCUUUUCGAGCGAGACGUCCAGAUGUGGGUGUACGAAGAACAGGUUGAGGUGGACAAGAAGUCAAAAUUCUACAAUGAAUCCCACGAACUGUGCAAAGGCCCGCAGAACCUCACUACCAUCAUCAACACCUUCCACGAGAACGUUAAAUACCUCCCAGAUAUCGCCCUACCACACAACCUCGUCGCAAACCCUUCCCUCACAGACGCCGUCAAAAACUCGUCCAUCCUCAUCUUCAACCUCCCCCACCAGUUCAUCCUCAAUCUCUGCAAACAACUGCGAGGCCAUAUUCUCCCCUUUGCCCGAGGCAUUUCCUGUAUAAAAGGUGUCAACGUGAAGGAGUCGUCCAUCAGCCUGUUCUCUGAGACCAUUGGCGAAGAGCUGGGAAUAUACUGCGGUGCUCUGUCCGGUGCAAACAUAGCAAAGGAGAUCGCGGCAGAGAAGUUCUCCGAGACAACCAUCGCCUACGAUCCACCAUUGGUAGACUCACAAGCACCGACCCCGGCUACAUCUCAAGGUCCGAGUCCGGCAUCGAGUCAUGUGGAUUUGAAAAAGCUCGCCCACAAGGAUGCUUCUGGCCAGCCGUCCAAAGUCAAACUGAAGCCACUCCCGGCAGAGUACCAACCAAUCGACCAGGAUACCAUCAAGAAGCUAUUUCACCGGCGAUACUUCCAUGUUCGAGUCGUCUCGGACGUGGCUGGAGUGUCACUUGGUGGUGCUUUGAAGAAUAUCAUUGCCGUGGCCGCCGGAUGGGUAGAUGGUCUCGGCUGGGGUGACAACGCCAAAGCUGCAGUGAUGCGGGUUGGACUACUGGAGAUGAGAGAAUUCGGCAACCGAUUCUUUCCACAUACCGUACAUCCAGACACAUUCACCGUUGAAUCUGCCGGUGUUGCGGACCUAAUCACGACUUGUUCGGGCGGACGAAAUCAUCGAUGCGCAAAAUUGAGUAUCAUGGAGGGCAAAUCAAUUGAAGAGAUCGAGGCUAGAGAACUCAACGGCCAGAAGCUCCAGGGUGCGAUGACGGCUCAUGAGGUGCAUACCUUUCUCAAGAGUCAGAAUGCAGAGAAGGACUUUCCGCUGAUGACGGCCGUACACAAUAUUUUGGUGGGGAAGGAAAAGGCUGAGAACAUACCUGAUCUUAUUGAACCAGAGGAUGAGUAA